AUGUCCCAGUACAUAGGAAAAACCAUCUCGUUGAUCUCCAACAAGGGCCUUCGCUACGUUGGCGUCUUGGAGAACAUCAAUGCCGAAGACGCCACGUUGGCCCUCCUGCAGGUGCGGUCGCUAGGCACCGAGGGAAGAAUGGCACAAGUGGGCCAGCCCCAGGCCGAGGUUUUGCCCGGCGCCGACGUGUAUGAGCACGUGGUGUUCCGUGGCUCCGACGUCAAGGACUUGUCGGUGAUUGACGUGCCCGUGGACCAAGUUGGCGCCCAUCCUGGCGAGGCUUCGCCGCAAGAAAGACUGCAAAGCCGGGAACAGGAGCACAGAGAGCCUACGCACGGCUCGCGUGCGGGCCCGACACCUUCGGCGGCCCCGGCUGCGGCCCAGGCUCCGUCGCAGACUUCGGCUCAGGCUCCGGCCCAGACUGGGGCGGCACCAGCUUCUGGUGUUUCUGGCGCACGCCCUACGGCAGUUUCUGGCGGCGCUGCCCGCCCGCAGCCUUCAGCAACGGCCGCCGACCGUGCUUCGGCGACGCAGACCAGCGAAAACGCCCAGCCGGGGUUCGACACGGCGUUUGACUUUGAGUCGGCCAACGCCCGCUUCGAAAAGGAACAUGCAGAGCACAAGCCCGUGUACAGCAAGGAGAAGGGCUUCUUCGACAGCAUGUCGGUGAACGAAGGAAACGGCAUGCGGUGGAAUGAAGAGCGCUCGCUCAACAUGGACACUUUUGGCCAGGCCUCCGUCAGACGGGGAAGAGGAAACUUCCGUGGCCGCGGCAGAGGCAAUUUCCGUGGCCGGGGCAGAGGCAGAGACCGGGGCAAGCCUGAACCGAAACCAGAGUGGGCCUAG